CAAGUACUAAAGCAAGGUUGCAGGAAGCCAGUGAUGAUCCAGACUCUGGUGCGUUGGUGUUGAAGAAAGUGUCGAAAAAUAAUGACUCCAUAUCUGACGACCACGCGGAGCAGGAUUGCGCGGCGCAUGAGAAUCGUCGAAACUGUAUUGUCUUAUGUCACGAGCAGCCUGUUUUUGCCGGUGUUGUUCUUCAAUGAUGGGGCUACAGAUGACGAGUCUUCGAGAUGGAAUGGUCCUCGUCGUACGAGCGCGCUGAUUAGUGCGAAGAAAUUGCGGCAUCGACAUGGUCUGUGGACGCGCAAGAGGUCGGCAGAUGAAACGUUCUCAAGGACGACGACUUCGACUUCUAACACCGGUGGCACAAAUAUUCUGGCAGAUGAAGCUAGGCGAAAAGAACAGCAUGAUGAUCGUUUUGAGGUUCCGCGUAGGCUGCCAUCCGAGUCCCCGUCCACAUCUGAAACUGCAGCACUCCUUGGAUAUGCGGAACUCUCUGCAUCAUCAACAGCACCUACUCCCGCCCAAGGAGGAGCCAUAGAAACUCCUGCUUCACCACUGCCAAGUAUCAACGCCAAGAAGACUGCCAGUAUUAAGGCUUCCCCUAAUCCAUCUUCAAAAGCAUCUUGAGGCCGCUCCAUACGGGAAAAACGGUUUCAAGAUGGGUCUCGAGACGGAUUAGGGCGAUCUCUAACAGUAGCACGACACUCAAGUCUUUUGUUCCGGAGUCGCAAAGAGUGAAAGAUGCGAAGAAAAAAAAGGUUGCCGCGAGCGCAGAAGACCUGUACCACCACGGGGAUGGACAGACAGAGACACCAGAACAUCAUGAUGGAAGUGCUGCUGCAGCAAAUGGUGGUUUCGCAAAUUCCCCAAGAACACCCGACCAGGGUGGGAUAGCAACUGCAAGCGGACACCUACCACCGCUUUCCGCAACCUCAGCAGCAACAUCCUGGGCGGGAAGAGCAGCUGCCAAGAAAGAAAUGCUGUACUACCAGGACACUCAUUCGCGUCAAGGAAAUCUUCAGGAGGACGGUCGAACAAAAGCGAAGGCCCUUUUCCGCAUGGAACCGCGACAGCCGAGCACCGCCGGUGGCUAUCCUGUCGCAUCCUCGGACCACCAACAAACUACAACUCUACCUACUACGACACACUCAACAGCGCAGCCUGGUGAAAGUAGUUCAGUAAGUCUCGCACCUUCUGCAACAGGCAAAAAUAAAGAAGAAGAGGACGAGGAGGAGGACGAUUUGCCAUUGGCUCCUUUUGAGCAUUUUGUAGCUCUGCUUGCUGGCAUGCUAGGUGUAAUAUAUGUCUCAGCGUGGACUCUGGUUUUCUGGCCGCAGAUUUACACGAACUACAAGCGCAAAAACGCCGCAGCCCUGUCUCUUGGUUACCUCCUCUACAACGUGUUGGGAUUCCUGUGUUACUCAUUAUGGCGACAAAAUAUAGAUGGUUCCGAUUUGUGUGAUUUGCUAUGAGCUUGCGUUUACUUAAAUGAAUGAUACGUACGAUUCUCUUUCGGGCAUGCACACGGAGGUGGUUUACCCGAAAUUCUAGUUAAAAAAGUCUCCAUGUUGAGGCACACGGAGGUGGUUUACCCGAAAUCCUAGUUAAAAAAGUCUCCAUGUUGAUCCAUCAAUGUUGAUCUCUCUUUCUUCAUUGUUCGCAUACACUGUGGCAACGCGCGUAAUCCAGGAUGCCUAUGAUUUGCCGGAGGCUGUGACGGUGCACGAUGCUCUGUUCAGUUUGCAUGGGCUUGGUUGUUGCAUUAUCCUUCUGGGGCAGGUCGUCUUUUACAACAAUCAUAGUUCGCUCAGGGCUUCCUACGAAAAACGUCGACGCGCCGAGCAAUAUCUGCGAGAGGAAAGACUAGCCCUUUCGCCCGCAAAAAGUGAAACCGGCGGGCUUGUGCGAGCACAAUACGAAGAGCAAGAUCUGUCGGGAAGUUCUUCGGCUGAAAGCAGCUCAUCUUCCGCAGAAUCCGGAGACGAAUCGCUCCGCCAUCAACCAGGCGCCCACGGUCCCCCCGUCGCAAUCGAAAUGAUCAAUGUUGUGGGUAGGAGUAGUGCUGAUAGAAGUAUAUCGGAAGCGCCGCCGCCGCAGAGUAGACAGUCGUCGCCUGGUUCUCGCUCGCCUGCAGCUAGGGGCGACAAGAUGCUAGCAUCCAUGGGCACACCUAAAAGCAAUGGCCACGGUCGUCACGUGGCUGUCGCUGGAAGCACACGACAAUUGUCUCCACAUAUCAAUAUGGGACAGGGCAGUCCUACCAGUAGUACUUCUUCAUCCAGCGCGACAGGAGGUGCACGUCAUCACCACGAAAAAUCGCACUCAUCCGUAUCGGAGACCGAUUCUACGACCACCCUCGACGAGAUGAAUGCUUCUGAGACAAGGAAAGAUGCUGAUGCUAGUAGUUAUAACACGAGUCCAACAUCAUUGGGUCAUGUAAGAAAACCAAAAAGGGACGUCGUCAUCAACGGCUUAAUGCGGCAAGACGUUUAUUUACUGUUGGUGCUUGGUUUCAUCGUUUUCGUUGGUUUAUUUCUUAGCCUGACGAAGAGAAUUCCAUGGUUUGACGCAUCGAAAACAACCGGGGUCGACCAAAGUCCUUCCUCGUUAUCUGCGACGACUGGUUUAAGCGGAUCUACUUCAGGAGCGGUGGCGACACCGUCCCACCACGCUUUCUCUUUUUUGACGUUGUUGGGUUUCGUCAAGGUAGUGAUCACCGCAGUCAAGUACCCGUCCCAAAUCCUGUUGAACCACGAGCGCAGGUCUACAGCGGGUCUUGCGAGGACCACGUACCUCUUAGAUCUCACUGGUGGUUGUUGCAGUCUCUCACAGAACCUUCUGCUGGCCUUUCUAGAAGGCGAUUCUGAAAUUUUAACUGGAAACCUUCCGAAAAUUCUCAUUGGCGCGCUCUGUUGCAUCUACGACGGCAUCAUACUCAGCCAGUUUCGGUGGUACGAGAAGAAAUGUUGCGAGGACCAUAGCUCUACGUAUAUGGGGAAAAACGGUGGCGCUGAAAGCAGCUCCUCAAAUCUAAAGAUUAUGGCUUUUAUCUGCUAGAUGACUAAUACUACGAACAAUUGUUGUUCCGUGUUGAUGUUGCAGGAUCACAACAAGACGACCAGGACAAGAACAAGAACUAGAGGUAGAAUGAUUAAGAAAUCACCCAGAAGAUCAACACACUGGGACGAGACAACAUGAGCACUGUUGUUAAACAUCUCCUUUCGCUAAGUAGCAAAACAUAUCACCUGGGGGCUACAUGCAGUCCAAACCGCCUCCCCUUUCCUGUUUUAGCGAUGUUAGGGCAGACGAGCAGUCGGCGCGGCAGCUGACGUCCACCCCUGACGAAUACCGUCUGGCGCUUCAUAAUUCCGGUGCAGCUCUCGCGAGUUCCUCAGCAAAUAUCACCAUAAUUCAGGAUGAAGAACAUGUGGCGCUUGUUUCACAUAUGGAAGAACAUACACUAGCACAUGAGACAAACCAUAUCAUGAAUGAACAUUAAUAUCUGAAGACCAUGCUUUAUCAUGAUUAAGUAUGUCUUUUGGAGAUACCCAUGCUGAUGCUGAUACUCUCGAGUAAAACUGAAACUAAAAGCACUACAUACACUAUCUUCUUUUUAUGGCCUUAAUGCGCUCAACAUAACUACGCUAGGCAUACUUGCGACUUGCAGAUUGAUUUGCGUGUACUCAUUUGAAGUGAGUUGGGGUUGCCGUAUCGUUGUGUUCCGGUUCUGUCAACAUCGCUUUUUAUCGGUCCUCACUCCUCUCUUUGUUUUGGGCACUUGCUCAUGACAAUGAUCAUUACUAUUUCUUCUACUUCUUAAGUAAUCACAAAGUCGACGCUGAAGAUAAGCAUGAUUCCACCAC